UUCGCAGAAGGAAAGUUUAAAAUAAUUUAUUAUUAUUCCGUAUUAUUAAGAGUAAUAAUAUUAAAAAAUGAGCAAACUGGACGUGGAGAAAAUAUGUCGUCUCUGUUGCGAGAAAAAAAGCCGUAUGCGUUCCCUGUUUGAGCAACGCCAAGAGUACCCACUCUCCUUGCAGCAGAUAAUUUUCGAUGUAUCACGGCUAGAGAUCGAACCCGAGGACGGAAUGCCACAGAAGAUUUGCAAAUGGUGUGUCACCAACCUGCUGAAGAUUCACGAAUCAAUCGAGCUCAUCCGGAAAAAUGAUCUAAAGCUAAGAAAUCAGCUGGCCGGACCGUUGCUGAUCGAAAUCAAACAAGAAGAAGAAGAGAUGGACAUGGCAUUGCUGGAGAAGGUCCUUACGCAUGAUUUGAAAGUUGAUGAUAUCUGCGUUAAACAGGAAGUUAUGGAGGAAUACCUAGAUGAGGAACUGUGCGAAGAAAACGAAGUCAAUGGCAAAAAUGAUGAGAGCGUUGUUAAUAUUGAAAUUGAAGAAGACAUUGCCACAUCAGGCAAGGAGGACGACGCGUGGAGGCCAAUAGAGCAUGAUAAUGAAGAUAAGGAUCCCCCGGUAAAAAAAUAUCGUCGUAGAACAAAGCAAGAGAAGGAUGCUAAAGGUAAACGGAAACUUGGACGCUCACGCAAGAAGGUUGUAGAUCGACCUCGAUUACACGAUUACAAAUGUUAUAUUUGCAAAAGUGAGUCGCACGGAUCGCCAGAAGCUCUAAUUGCGCAUCUGAACAGUAGUCAUACGGAUAAAGUGCCUUACACUUGCCCAGAGUGUGUUAUGGAGACGGUUGUUAUUAAAGGCGUUCAAGGACUGAAUGCUCAGAUGAGACAACAUUUGAAUCCGGAAAAAUGUGCAUAUUGUGACAAGCGGUUUAGCGACAAACGAAGUCUUGCGCAACACGUGCAGACGUAUCAUAUGGAUGGCGAUGCCCAAUGCCAGUCCACGUGUAAAUACUGUGGCGAAGUGUAUGCUUCCAAGGCCUCACUUCUGCAUCAUAUGAAACUGCAUACCAAUGCAGCGAGUUGCGAGAUUUGUGGUAAAGUUUUUAAGGAGCGGUCGAAACUACGAUUGCACAUACAACGCAAGCACGAAAAGCUAAAAAAACAUGAGUGCUCUAUUUGUAAUAAGAAACUUGCAUCAUUGGACAGUGUCCAAAUGCACAUAAAAACUUAUCAUUCGACCCAGGUGUUCAAAUGUAGUUACUGUCCAAAAACGUUUGGAUCAGAGUCAUCACACCGAUCCCACGAGAAGAAACAUAUCGAAAAUCCGGAAUAUGUUGUUAAGAAGGAUUGGACAGAGUACUACAGCAUUGUCGAGGGACAAGAAGAAAAGCAAGGUGCUAAAAAGAAAAAAUGCCACCUUUGUGGAACGGUUACCACAGCAAUGUUCUUCCAUUUAUCUUCGGCGCAUUUUCCGACCGAGUACCGUUGUACAAUCUGCGGUGACAUUUUCAAACGUAAGCAAACCUAUGAUACCCAUGUACUGGAGCACGAAUAUGGAAAAGCAUACCAAUGCCCGAUCUGUGAGCGCAAAUUUUCCCUUAAGAAGAAUCUUAUAAUCCAUCUUCGGACGAAGAAGCAUCAGGAUCAUCCACUAGCUCAGUCACUGGAUUGGCUGGGGGUUAGUACCGUAAAGUCAAAACCAAAGAAGCCCAUAGAAGUAAAUGAUGAUGCACAGGACGGCGCACAGAUCGAAGAUCGAGAGCUGAAUGCUGAUAGUAUGUAGUCAAAUUUCGAAUGUUUCAAUACAAUUAUUGUAUGUUUCUAUGCAUCGAGUAAAUGCGAAUGUAUAUAAAUAAUUCUAGGGUUCAGAAUCAUAAGAGCGAUCGAUUCUUUUCACAGAUUUUGUUAAUAGCUUGGUUGGAUUAAUGUUGCUUUUGAUAGCAAAUACAACUUUACACUGUAGGAAAAUAUGUUCACUUAAUGAGAAAAUCGAUGAAGAGAAUCGGUCAUCGCUGUUAGACCCUUAUGAUUCUGAACGCUAGAAAUUAACCAAAUAAAUCGAUGACUGUAGACGGACAUAAAAAGUGUAAAAAGUAGCUCGCAACUUUGAGUAGACUUGA